UUAACAACCUGCAGCGAAGAAGAAGCAGAAUUUGUUGUGGGCGAACACCGAGAUUUUUUACUAGAAACAAUAAACCACUAAACGCACUUAAUUUAACAAUUUAAAGUAAAUAAAAACACCUGCAGACAUGGCGAAGAUGGCAUUUCAGCACCAGGCCGGCACGGCGAUGGAGUGCUUGAGCAUUCCCAUCACGCUGCACAAGGAGAAGGACUACGAUCAGGAAGGCCGGGAGAUCCUGAAGUGUGGCUUCAAAAUCGGCGGUGGAAUCGAUCAGGACUAUAAAAAGAGUCCACAGGGUUACACGGAUUAUGGCAUCUAUGUGACCGAGGUGCACGAGGGCAGUCCCGCCGCCCGUGCCGGCCUCCGGAUCCACGACAAGAUCCUCCAGUGCAAUGGCUACGACUUCACCAUGGUCACCCAUAAAAAGGCCGUGAGCUACAUACGGAAAAACCCGAUACUCAAUAUGCUAGUGGCCCGCAAGGGUGUUACCUCGACAUAGGUGGAUUCCCUUGGAGCGGGUCUCCAGUGCUACUCUAGCAGUAUUUGCAGCGGCAUCUAAACUAAACCACUUCAACGCCACUCUUGGCCAAGGAUCUCUUCCUCGCCCCACUUGCAACCUAUCCACAUACUUAGAUAUACCAUAUAUAGCAUAUAUAUAUUCAUAACUUAUGCAUAUCGCGCACAGAGACAUACUAUACAUGUAGCCACCUAGCAAUGCUUCUUGUUGAAUUCAAUUUCUUUGCCUCAUCAGUUGUUGAACGAGAACAAAACAGAGAGAACCGAUUGCCAAAUACCGAAUAUAAACAAUUUUGUACUUUUAUAUAUACAAAACAUGUGCAGAGACCAUUCCAAAAACGAACGCAAAGUUGUUAAGACAAACAAAUACAAUACAUUCAUAGUACAUACUUGUGAUAAAUGCCGCUUACUGUGCAGAUACAAUGAAAAGAUGCGCUAAAAGGGGCAUCAGCUAAGUUUUACAAUUGAGUUUUUUUAAAUGUUAGAUUGCGUUUUUCGGUGUCUUAAUUAAAUAUGUCUAGUUUUAUGAAUCAUUUGAUAUCUGUAUUCGCUUUGAUACUGAUUUUGAGCAUAAGCUUUUGUAAACGAAUUAAUUGAGCUCAUAAAAUACUCGUUAAGUAAAAGUACUGAAUAUGUGUUUCAUUAAAUAAAUUGAAUAAACUAAUGCAAUUUUAAGUAUAUUUCAAAAA